UUCCCACGCACUCUCCUUCCCUGCGCCGUGCUGAGCUGGAAAAUGGCUGUGUAGGGGAGCAGGGAGUCAUGAACGGGAGAAGAAAGAAAGAGCGAGAGAAAGAAGCGAAGCAGUAAGUGAACCGAAGGCUUACCUGAUGUUUACUGCACACUGAGAAGCUAUCGUCCGAAAUAAAGCGCCACACGGACUCUUGUCUUCUACUUGGAAGAGUUUAAAGCUCCGCAACCUAAAGUGAGAAGAGUCAAGAAAUAUCCGCGGGUCGGUCAUAAUCUGUGUCCAGAACAUGUGGGAGCGUGAGAGAACCGAAGAGGAUUAAAGACCUUCCCACUCGUCCUUCAGUCAGACCACUUCAUCCGACGGUGGAGAGCCAACGACGCUGGGCCUUCGACUGGCAAAAUAUUUUACCCGACUGCUCCACUAGUAGCCAGCCAGCAGGUUUUGGCUGCUUGAAAGAGCAUGUUGCCAAGGCGCUCCCUCUGCUCCAUCAUCUGGCUCAACCGGGGUAUCAAGCUGAGGAAAGUGUCCACCAACACCGGUCAGGUCUGAAGCUGCUGCCCCCGCAGACACAGCAGCAGCAGAACGCCACCAUAUCGACUUUUAAAAAAAUGCUUCUAAGCUUCGGGUGACUCCCCCUCCUCCCCUCAUCCCCCCCGACCCACCAAGAGUUAGUUACUCACCAGCCUUUUUGGUUUCAGAGGAGGAUUUUUGUAGAGCCGAACUCUGUCGUCGCAGCGUCAUUGGUUGGUACUCUGGCUGCACCAUAUAAUCCUAAUUCAGUGGCCAUUUUGAUUUUUGCUUCCCGGACAAAAUGGCGACGGAAGGUUUUCAGUACCUUGCCCUCUACGCCUUCACCAAGGACCAGGAGGAGGACUUGGACCUGCAGCCAGGGGAUGUCCUGACGGUCAGCAGGGCCUCGCUGCUGUCCAUGGAGAACUACCAGGAGGGCUGCGUGGAGCAUCCCGAGCGCCUGGGCUGGCUGCUGGGCUACAACGAGCGCACCAAGCAGAGAGGCGACUUCCCCGGGACGUAUGUCGAGUACGUAGGCCCCGUGAAGAUGGCGCUUCCAUUCAGUCAACCCAGGUUCCAGCGACCCCUCCCUGUUGCUCCAAGACCAGAGUCGUCUCAAGCUGUUUCUGUGCUGGACCUGAGCGAGCAGUUCACACCGCCAGAGACGGCCCCAACAGCCCUCGUCAGCCUGAUCCAAGCCAUAGAGAAGAGAGGUCUGGACUGCCAGACAUUGUACAGGACAGAUGUUUCCUCAGGUGCAGACAGCCCAAUAUACAGCCUGAGCUCUGAGACUGAGAUGUGUCAGAGAGAUGUGGGAUACCUGUCUGAGUGCGUCCUGAACUACCUGAGAGACCUCCCGUCCCCCGUCAUCCCCGCCUGUGUGUACCCUCACCUUCAAACUGCCGUCACACUGCAGCAGCAGCAGCUCCUGCAGCAGUCAGCAGAUGGUGCGGUUGCUGGAAGCCUGGACCGAGAGGUGAGCCUGGUCCUGGAGAGCUCCACCUCAGUGCCCCUCCACCACCGCCUCACGCUGCAGUACCUCCUCACACACCUGGCCAAGGUCACCCAGGCGCAGGCCAGCAACGGUCUGGACACACACACUCUGGGGAAGGUCUUCGGACCGCUGCUGAUACGCACAGAACCCUCCACCCCCUGGUUGUCAGCGAAUGAAGAGUUUCCUGCCCUCGUUGUGGAGAGGCUGCUGAUCGAGAGAACUACAGAGCAAGACCUCACUCCUCCAGUUCUUCCAGCAAAGCCACUCAAGUCAAAAGUUGCGCCAUCAGCCAUGACAGACAUGAGCAGCCUGCUGAACGAUGCUGAGUGGUACUGGGGGGAAAUCUCAAGAGAGGAGGUGAACGAGAAGCUGCGAGACACUCCAGAUGGCACCUUCCUGGUCCGAGAUGCUUCUAGCAAACUGGAGGGCGAGUACACGCUCACCCUCAGGAAAGGGGGAAACAACAAGCUGAUCAAGAUUUACCACAGAGACGGCAUGUACGGCUUCUCGGAGCCUCUCACCUUCCUCACAGUAGUGGAGCUCAUCAAUCACUACCACCACGAGUCCCUGGCUCAAUACAAUGCCAAGCUGGACACCAGACUGCUGUUCCCUGUCUCCAAAUACCAACAGCUGGUGAAGGAGAACAGUAUCGAGGAGGUGGGGGAGCAGCUGAAGGUCUAUCACGAGCAGUACCAGGAGAAGAGCCGCGAGUAUGACUCUCUGUACGAGGAGUACACCCGCACCUCACAGGAGCUGCAGAUGAAGCGCACUGCCAUCGAGGCCUUCAAUGAGACCAUCAAGAUCUUUGAGGAGCAGUGUGAGACUCAGGAGCGCUACAGCAGAGAGUCUUUGGAGCGGUUCCAGCGCGAGGGCAAUGAAAAAGAGAUUCAGAAGAUCCAGAGCAACUCGGAGCGUUUGAAGUCUCGUGUGAAGGAGAUCCACGACAGCAAGUGUAAGCUGGAGCAGGACCUGAAGGAGCAGGUCUCUGACAACAGGGAGAUCGACAAGAAGAUGAACAGCCUCAAGCCCGAUCUCAUGCAGCUCCGCAAAAUCCGAGACCAGUAUUUAAUAUGGCUGACUCAGAAGGGGACAAGGCAGAAGAAGAUCAACGAAUGGCUGGGCAUAAAGAACGACGCUGAUGAGUCCUACUCGCUGGAGGAGGACGAGGGUUCACCGCACCACGAGGAGUGCACCUGGUACGUGGGUGACAUCAAACGCACCGAGGCUGAGGAGAUGCUGAGAGGCAAAUGUGACGGGACCUUCCUCAUCCGUGAGAGCCAAUCACAGAAGGGCUCCUACGCCUGCUCUGUAGUUGUGGAGGGUGACGCCAAGCACUGCGUCAUCUACAAGACGGCCACCGGUUAUGGAUUCGCCGAGCCCUACAAUCUGUACUCGUCCCUCAGAGACCUGGUGCUCCACUACAAGAACGUCUCCUUGGUCCAGCACAACGACCAGCUGAAUGUAAACCUGGCCUACCCAGUCCUGGCCCGCUCUCAGAACCAGAACCAGCACCCCAGAUGAAUUAUCAACCAGCAGUGUAAGACACCGGCCAGGGGGGAAACAACAUUUUCACUUGUAUGCGUUGGAAAAAAAGAAUCCUCCAAACAAUGCUUCUUCAUGUUUAAGAGAAAAAAGACUCUACAGCCAUGAUUUAAAAUUCAUACUUUUUUGGCUGGAAGCUGGUGCUUAUUUUCCCACACCAACCCCAGCAAAGAGCACUCCUUGCUUACAGCAUGGCUUCAAAAUAAGCACAGUACUACCAGUAUCAGAGCACUGUACAGUUAGCCCGGCUGACGCAGUGAGUUUUAACUUUAGGAGAGUUAGCCAGCCUUAUCUGUACAGUACAGUACAGACAAGAAAGUGUGAGAAUUUCACAAGAAAACCCCUUCGGUACGGAGAAAAAAAACAGUCGAGAUGUGUUCGAAGAAGAAGACAAAAUAAGCACACAACAAUGUUGUUUUCAAGAUCAUGGGGAAGAGGAGGGGGAAACCAGAUGGAGGAAUGAUUUACAGAAGGCACUUUUGUUUUUUUGCCUUGAACACGUGAUAACUGUCCAGACAAAGGCCCGAUCUGUCAUCCCCAGACUGCCUGCAAACUCUCCGUCGACAAACGCCUGAGCUGUCGUCCGCUGAGAGGACUGGCUGGGCUGAAGCGGGCUGCUCGCUUCACACCUACAUGUACAGGCUGAAAAACCACGGACCAGGGGCUUGAGUCACUGGAGCCGAGGGGGGGGGUGAGGGAGGGAAAGCGAGAGAAAUUGCCUGGGUUGAUGUUUUGUAUGGGUUUUAAAAAGAUUGAUUCAAUUUUAAAGCUUGCGUAAGUGCCAUAGUAAUAGCUUUUGAAUGACCACAAGCCUGUGUGACUAUAACAAGGGGGCACGUCGAGGUUGAAAGAAGGAAGGAGGGGUUGAGCGGCUGUCGACAGCUACAGCUUUAAAAAUAAUACUCAUAUAUAUAUAUAUAUAUAUAGGUAUAUUUUUUAUGAAAUGUUCUUUAUUUCCAACUGCUUUGGCUCGUUGCACUCUCAGUGGGCCUCCUUUUGAAUUGACGAGGUACAACAUACAGUAAAUGCUGUAUGGCGGCUUAGGAAGGCAUGGUACAUUAUUUGGUGUAUUGUGAAUAUAGAAAGGUAAUCACAAUACACUAAAUGGAGAGGUACAUUGAUAAAUGCAGUUUCACCACAUGAUUCAGGUUUCCUUUUUAAAGGGAAAUUGUGGGAGUAAUCCAGCAUCACACGUCUCUUUAUUUCUUCCUUCUUUUGUCAUCUUCGUAUAUACUGUAGCACCUGUAGCCAUUGACUUAAGGCAUAACUGUUAGUGCUUCUCCUCGGUGUCUGGUUUCUUUAUGCUGAAGACACUUGCAGAGCAUCUAUCUAUGUGAUUAUUGUAUCUUCGGUACUGUAUUUGCCUUGUCUCUAGGUAGAUUAGACUGUUUAGCGGUACUAUGUCCUCGCAGAUGUUUAUUAUGUUUUUAAAUGCAGAUUUACUCACGGUACUUCCUUCCUCCCCGCGCUCGACUGUUCACUUAUCACAAGCUUGACUCACAGAGCUGUAGAACAUUUGAUGUACAAAAAAAAAAAAAAAAAAAGCAGUAAUAUAAGUCAUGUACAGUAUAUCGCAGACAUACAGUCAGUGUAUCUGACACUACACAGUUUUAUCGCUGUGAUUCUUUUGUGUUUUCAGAAUAUUUGCUAUGCUCUUAGAUUCAGUUUAAGGAUGCACAGUAUCCAGCUAAUGUGAGCCAAAUGAAGGAUGUCUUUUCAUGUAGCAAGAACACAAAUAACUGGUCCUUUUGCCAUUCAGCAUGGCCUCUUCGGUCUGAGAGAUUAUCUAGUAUAGUAUGCAUGGAGUCCUUCAUUUGGGUUGUUUUCUUUCUUCACUUGGCACCUGUGGUUAAUUGUACUUUCUGUAGUGCAAGUACAGUAUGAUGUGUGGUAGUACUAUGCACAACAGUCACAUGUAGAUAAUAACUUCUGCCAUUCGUUCCCUCCCUCGAUCCUGUGCUGUGAUGGGGAAUUUCUCCCGGUUCACUCAUAAAGAUUGUACCAUCGUUGUACUCUGUCACUUUCAAAGCACAGUUCAUUUAUUUAGAGGCAGGAUUACUCAAUUGUUGUUGGGGAAAUGAGGCGUCACAUGAUGCCCCUUUUUUAGGUUUGAUUUACAAAGCUGAUUUCUUGAGAAUGAAUGAAAAUGAAUAAUCUCUUGUAUGUAGACUCAGAUUGCCAAAAAAGAAACAAGUAUUUUUGUAGAAAAGUAUAGGAGAGUCAGACGUUGUGGGCAAUAGAAGCUUUUAGAGAAAAGAAGUGCACUGUUUUUAAAGGUUGCACAUUUGGCAUUUCUAAACUUUUUUGUUGAGGAGGGAUUGAAACCGAAUUGAGAUAUUCUCGACUCUUCCUGUCAAGAAAUAUAAUUAUGUACGUUUCAUCUGAAGACCUUAGUUUCCAACAAACUCAAUGCUUUUCGGCAUAGUUUCAUUUCUGUUUCACACAUUUUCAGGUUUUUCCAAACAGACCAAUCACACUUUCAAAUGAACCCUAACUCAGCCUGAAAAGUUUCGAAUCAAGACGUCAUUUUUGAUUUCGGUCAGGACGAAUCAAUUUGCACAGUUCUUGGCAAAUAGUAAAUCCCAAGAAUGAAACUAGAGGUGAAGGCUGUGCUUCUGAAUAGAGGGCUAUAAACACGUGUGAGUUAGAAAGAUUAGAAGUGCCUUUAAGUCAUUGUGAUGAGCUCGUCUUCUCCUCCUCGUCAUCACCACCAUAUGCUGUGCCCCCAUGCUCACUCUUUUGCCAUUUACCAAAUUCUAAAAGGUAAAAUGAUGAGCAUAGUGUGAGUUUGUGUGUUAGAGCAAAUCUGAGCAUGUUCUAGAUUUGAGUUGUUACAUCUAUAGUUGUUACAUAUUCCUUCUUUCUAUGGUGGGGGCUGUACAGUAGCUUGGUUCUCUCUCUCACUGUGCACCAAAGCUAGAUUUCUUUGGUGUGUUUGUCUGGUAUAUCUUUUGAGAAGUCUCAGAUAAGAUAGAAAUGUGAACCAUACACAUCCAGGGCCCAGCCCAGUUGUUUGAAGCUCAUCUGAUAAGCUCUCAAGUUAAUGCAUGCAGCAUUUCUCAGUGUUUUAUAUAAAGAGUCAGUUCCUUUGCGAACAGGCAAUCUGGUUGAGUCACCCGCCACUGCUGACACAUCCAUUAUCCAGUUUGUUGGACCAACACUUUUGUGACUGCACUUUUUUUCUCAGUUCCACACACUCAAACUAGUGUGUCUGACGCCCAACAACCAUAAACUCACAGUGGUGAAGCUCAGUUGUCAAUAGUGUUUUUAGUUGAUAGUUUUAUGGUCUCUCCGUACAGUAUAUCGGGAAUGAUCGACAGUUUUCUUUAUGAUAUCGGAGUAUACAGUGUACAGUAUAUGCUUAUGUUGUUUUGGCGGUCAACAGCGGUCAUGUAAUUCUGAUGCUUUUUGACUGAUUGCAAUGUUUUCAUUAUAGAGUUAGUAUUACUAUAUGGACUGUAUAACUCUAAUACUUUCAAACAAACGGAGCUGAUGGCUCAUUAUGCAAUUUUUGUUCACAGAGCAUAAUUGUCCAACUUAACAAGACAGAACAUUUUCCUAAAAGGUAACUUCAACCAAAUCACAGAAAUACAUGUGUUCACUUACCAAUAGUGAUAUCUAAACAUGCAGAUAGUUUAGAUUUUGAGAUAUCAAUCCUUUCCAAGGUUUCGAUAAACCACAUAAUCCACUUGCCAAGCGGUCGGGUUAAUAUAUUUAGUUUCAUGAAGAAACAUACGGAUUUAAAGCUGAAUGGCUUCCUGCAUCACUUGUUAAGAUGAACUUUUUUGCAGUGCAGAAAAACACUUUUAUCUGCCAUAUUUGCCAUGUUAAUCACAGAUUAUUGAAAGCUAGAAGCAAUGCAACUUUAGUAGCAAUGCCACCUGGUCAGGCAGUGAGAGGGCAGGAGAGGAACACUUUAUUGUGCUUUGACUUCCAGUUGAGACUUUAAGCCCACUUUUGGCAGACGUUACUCUGAAACUCAAAGCUUUCAUCCUGCUCGUCUAAAAAACAUAUGCAUUUAUGUCCGAGCUUGUUGAAAAACAUUUUUUCUAUAUGACAAAUGAUCAUUCAAGGGGUUAAAUAUUUUUUCAUCCGCUUUGGUACACUGUAAAUGAUAUUUCUUGAAAUGGCUUCACACACAGAGCACAUCUUUCACUGACUACAAAGAAACACACAUUUGGUGUCUAAGGUUUUAAGAAUGAGAGAAUUACUAGAGAAUAAAUAUUUUGAAAUAUAUACUUAGAUAUCUAUAUUUUUGGAUGAUUGAAUUCUGAUUCGGACUGUGCUUGAAACGAAUCGGAGAGAGGCUUUGAUGUGAACGCGGUCUUUUGACUCGCUCUUUGCGCGGCUGCUUCGUACUCCUGCAGUUAUUGAAACGCAUUUUUACUAAUCAGCUGCAGUGAGCUUCAUCAUGAUUCACAACAAACUGUGUGCUCACAGCUGAUCGACAUACAGGAAAUCUAUUAAGCAUGAUUAUCAGGUGCGUUCAGAGGAAGAAGCAAGCUCAUGUACAUGUGUUAAUAUUUACAGAGCUUGGUCUUGGCUGCUUUGCAUUUUAUUAAAUAAUAGAGAUUUGUCUUGUUAUUUGGAACAUGAGAAUCUUUUUUGUCUUUUUAGAAGAUUCUGGUUUUGUGAGUAGAUUGAGUGUUAACGUUGCACCACAAAAGAUACACUUACAAUAGUUUGCUGCCACAGAGAUCCACCACAGACACUGAAGCUGUAACAGAGUGAACCAUCUUACCACUGUAUCGUCCCUCGGUGGAUCUCUGCGGUCGCUGAAAGCAAAAAAAAACUAGUUAAAAGGUACAGUUUGUGAUCACUCCUUUACGCAGUUCUUUGUACAUGGAACUAUGAUGGCAUUAGAAAGUGUUCUUUUAUGGUGCCUGAGUAUAUGUGUUUUAUUUGGCUUUUAAAAAAGCCAAUUGUUUGUCCAAGUGUUGGUUCUUUUUUUGUGUUUGUUUGUUUUGUUUAUAUCUGUUAAUGAUAACCUUGCAGAGCCUAUAAAGAAAAAAAUAAGCUAGCUUGAAUUUUUUCCUCCGUACAGAAAAAAACGAAAAAAACAAAUGUUUACAAUAUGUAAUUAACCAAAUAGUAAGUAUGCGUUUGAGAAUCAAUCUGUCUGUCCCUCAAAGUGGCUGUGAUAGAUUGAUUUAUAUUUCUUCAUUUCCUCUGUCGUUUUAAACUUGAAAAUGUUAUGACUGCUUGUUCUGUUUUUUUUCUGUUUUGGUUUGUUACUCUCUUUUUUUGACUAACGACAACAGUGCUCCCUCAAUUUCAAAAUAACCAGAUUCAUGUGUUCAUAAUACAAAGUCAUCAUCAGUCAUUCUUUACCUGCUGACUACAUCACAUUACACUGAGCCCUGUAUGUGCAGGACUGAACCCUCAUUUGACACACUGUCUCAUAUUUGCUGUUUAUAUAAGUAUAGAUUACAUAAAAUAAUCAGCAAGACUGCAAAGAAUGGAUAUGGGGUGACCCACAUGUUGUGCGUAAUGCAUGGGUACAGUUUUAGCAUAUUUGAAAUUAACUAUCAAGAGGCAUCCUAUUCUUGAUGUUGCACUACAAAGUAAAUGAUACUCGGAUCUAAAUCAUUUGCUAACACAUUUUUAAGACCAAAUGUACCCACUUUAGUCUCAGCUUGUUUGUUUCCAUUGAAAAUGAUGAUGCCAUCAACCACUGCACUGUCAUUUCCACUUUCUCUGCCUUUUUCCUAACUUGUCAUAUCAUCCGUCUUGAUUUUGAACUGAAGGGUAGCCAUUUUGUUUUAUUAAUCUGAUUCUUCCCUGGUGUACAGUAGUUCAUAUCAAGACUCUGAAUGUUGGAAACGAGAUUGGCUGUGAUUAAUUCGGAAACAACCUGGGCAACAUUACAGAGCGGCAACAAUUUAAACACGUAUCCACAUUUUUUUACACUAAUACCGUCUGGUCUGCUUUGCUCCACCAUGUUGCCCAACAAGUUGCCUAAUGUCUCACUUCCUCUGCAACAGAUACAAGGUUUUUCAUGCAUUCUUAACAAUGAUGUAUACUUCUUUAAAAAACGAUAAACAAUGGGGCAGUCAGAUAAAGCUACUCUACACCAAAGUGCAAUUGAACUCAGAGGGAGCACGGUUGUUUCAGCCAGUAGAGGCCUAUUGGUUGAGGUGUGCCCAACCCCUAUGCACGAUAAGAUGGUUAUUCUUCUUCUCUUCUCUUGUGUUAUCCUCCCUCCGUUGGACUGUCUCAAUUCAGAUGGGACAUCCUUCUUUCUCUCUCGUGUACAGCUUGUUUCAGAGUUGUAUUUGUCCUCAGACAGGUACUCUUUCAUCUGUACGGUUCUUUCUUUAGGCUGAUGCAAUGAUUUUAAAAGACAAUAAAAGAUAUAUAAAAUGAC